GUCCAACCCUACAAGCAAGUCUAUUUCAAAGCACCUGCGAUGAUGAAAUACAUCUGCUCAGGCCCAAAAGGUUCAUGAGACGCUUAACAGCCAUGAUGUAUAUAAUAAACGGAGAGAGUUAAGUUGUAUCGUGGUGAUAUGCUUCCUGAUGCUUGACUCCUUCCCGCCCUCCCUCAUCGAGUUGAUACACAGGAAUCCCAUCGUAGCAAACACCAUGUCUUCUUCAGUCCAACCAUUCCAGAUCUCCAUCCCGGACUCAGAAAUCCGUGAUCUCCACGAGCGGCUUGCGAAAGCAAGAUUCCCGGAUGAACUGGACUCCGCGGAAUGGGAUCUAGGAGCUCCGCUCGCCGAUGUCCAACGCUUGACCAAGUUCUGGAGGGACAAGUUCGACUGGCGCAGGGCGGAAACGGUGCUGAACCGCCUGCCUCACUUUACAACAACGAUCCAGUGUGAAGGGUACGAAAGCCUCCGGAUCCAUUUUCUGCACCGAAAGUCCGGCGUCAAGGGCGCCAUCCCCUUGCUUUUUGUGCAUGGCUGGCCGGGAAGCUUUCUCGAGGCGACCAAGAUCAUAGAUGCUUUGACAUCACCUCCGAAUUCAUCUUCUUCAUCGAAAACUGACGAGCAGUUUGCCUUCGACAUCGUUGCUCCAUCGCUUCCAAACUUUGGCUUCUCCGAAGGCACCAAGAAGCGAGGCUUUUCUAUCGAGCAGCAUGCCGAGACGCUGCACAAGCUGAUGCUUCAGCUGGGAUAUGAACAAUAUGCUACUCAGGGUGGUGACUGGGGGUAUUACAUCACACGAGCCAUCUCACUACUCUAUCCCGGCCACUGCAAAGCGACCCACUUCAACAUGGACGUUGGGGCGAAACCAACAUUCCUCAAGAACCCAUUGCUGGCCCUGGAAGACGCUAUUCGACCACUCUCGGCACGAGAGAAGCAAGGGAUCGCGCGGACCGAGUGGUUCGACAACGAGGGCUUCGGCUACAACCUGCUACAAUCGACAAAGCCGCAGACACUGGGCUACGGGCUGACAGAUAGUCCCGUGGCCCUGCUAGCCUGGAUCUACGAGAAACUCCACGACUGGACGGACGCGUACCCUUGGACCGACGACGAAGUAUGUACAUGGGUGAGCGUCUACUGGUUCAGCACUGCCGGCCCUGCGGCCAGUUGUAGGAUUUACUAUGAGAUGGGUCGCAGCGGGCCAUGGGGAAAUCGCAUCACGCGCGACAAAGUUCGCGAGUGGCAGUCCGGCGUCAAGAUUGGUAUCAGCCAUUUCCCCCGCGAUAUCCAUGUCCUUCCUAGCACGUGGACACGUACCGUGGGCAAUUGUGUCUUUGAGAAGGAGCACGAUGCUGGUGGCCACUUCGCGGCCUGGGAGCGGCCUAUGGAUCUUGUGGAUGAUUUGAGAGAAAUGUUUGGCAGAGGUGGUGGCGCAUACGGUGUAGUCGAGGGCAGAGAUGGCUUUUAAAUAGUAGUAACAGCUUGAAUGAUAGAUGAUCAUACAUACGUAGUGGUUACAAUUCCGCCAUUGCUUUAUUAAUUACAAAUAUAGCCCGAUUUCAUCCGUGGGUAUCUACAGC